AAAAAAAACGAUUGAAUGAAUCGGCUGCUGACCUUUCGUAACUGUCAAAUGCGGAAAUUGGUUAAUUUCACCGUAAAUACAUUUUUCUACAUAAAUGCUUAAUAUUAAGAUUAAUAAGUGAAUAAACCACCGUAGCUGUGAACAACUGUGAUAUAAGUAAUACGAAUAAAGUGUUAUGUAUAGAGUUUAAAUUAUUAGUGAGAGAGCCGUUUGGGCGUUUGUUAUUUUUCUACGAGUUAAAAAUGGAAAAGAACGAGGAAUACCAUGAUCCUGAUUACCCGGAGGCGUCUGUGCGGGUGAAGGUGGAGGCUCCUAGCUUGACAGAAGAAGAAAGAGUUGAGAAGAUAAGGAGUGUUAUCCAGAAGGAGUUUAAGAACGAGAUCGAUGUGCGAGAGAAUGAAGUAAUGCUGGCGGAUCAGCGCAUGGCCACAGCACGGCGGAUGCUUCACCGGUUACGCUGCGUGCUUGUCUCCCGGUACUACCGGGACAAGAAGCUGCAACUGGCUGAGGAGCCUGAGUCAUCAUCAUCAUCGCUGCGCAGCGGGCAGCGGCGUCUCCACCCCUCAGUGCGGAAGCUCCUCGGCAAGCCCACCGCGGACUUGGAGGAGAUAUUCAAACCGCUGGCCACGAGGAACAAGAGGAGGGACUACUCUGCGAUGGUCCAAGCCCGAAACUACACGAUUCCCGCCGACGGUUCCCGUUCCCUUCGGCCCGAGGAGCCUUCUCCAGAACCCCCACCCGAGAAGCCUAGUGACAAACCAACUAAGAUGCCGAGACACAUUGAACCGAUACCCGAGAACGUACUGACUUUGGACGAAGUUACUAGAAAUAAGAUGAAACACAGAUAUAGGAUCAUUAUUGGCAACACAUCAAAAUACGCCCCGGCAGCGUCAUCAAUGGACCGCUCCACGCACAAGUGGCUGCUCUACGUACGCGGCCCGACCGGCCACGACGCGUCCAAACUGCUGCGGGCGGUCGUGGUGACGCUUCACCACUCGUACGCGCCGCACCAUAUAGUGCAUAUAGAUAAACCGCCGUACCACAUAUCUCGGCGAGGCUGGGGCGAGUUCCCGGCCAGAGUUGAGCUACACUUCAAACUGCCGGAACGGAACAGACCGGCCACCGUCGAACAUACUAUCAAACUGGACAGACAUUAUACUGGACUACAGACACUAGGUGCAGAAACGCUGGUAGACGUGUGGCUCUACAGCACUCCGGACAUGCUGGAGUGUGAGUACAAGGAGCAGCACGAGAUCCUGCCGGAACCCGCGCCCGAGCCCAAGCAGGAACCCGCGGAACCCGAGCCGGAGCCUCCCGCCCCGGACAGUUGGCUAGACUUCUUCACGGAGAACACCAAGUUAGAUGUCGAUGAGAUGAUCAUCAAGCCCGAGAAGAAACAGGACCACCAUAUAGAAACCCACCUAGACUUGGACAACCACAUAGAAGAACACAUGGACCUCGAACCAGAUAUAAAACCCGACAUUUUCGAGCUAGAAAAGACCAUCAAAAUGGAAGAAAAACUUGACUGGGCCACCGACAAAAUCAUAGAGAACCCUUCAGAAACCAUACCCAACGAAAUACUGAACCAACCGUCACCUAAGAAGAGAAUCAUGAAAUAUCUAGACCCAAAAACAGGGAAAAUAUACUAUCUAGAAAUGGACAGGAACCUAGAUCUCAGCAAAGUGCAAGAAAUUGUCAUCAACUCGAAAGGUAAUAUGAAGACAGCGAAGCUAAGUCCCGUUAAACAGAACGGAGUGAAAAAGGUUAAAAAAGGUGUUUCUCUACUCAAACCUGAAGUUAAAAACUUGAUCAAUAAUAAAGAGAAGUUAAAGAAGAAUUUUACACAUAUACAGAACGACCAUUGUUACUUAGGUGCGACUUGGGCGAAGAGUGUAACAUUCAGUGCUCCGGAGAAAGAACUGUUAGUGAAAAAAGAAAGUAAUCUAUACGACAGUUUAUGUGCGUGUGUGAGUAGGUUUACAUGUGUGCGUGUAGCUGUAAACUAUUUGUUGAGGAAAGUGCCCAUAGUGACAGAGUUGGCUUGUGAUCCGGACUUUAAGAAGAGUUUUCCUUUUGCUGUGGACAGCGACGAGAGGUUUUGGAAGAUGGAUUUUGCUAAGCGGAGAAAUAAAGAGUGGUCCCGAGCAAAGCUAAUCAACACAAUCCUGACCGAACACCUCCGGACACCCGAACCGGUCUGGCGCACCAAACAGAUCCUCAUCUUCUCCCGUCUCCAUGGUUACCAGCCUGUCCGGAAAGACAACUUCACUACAGACUACUGGGACAGUACGGAGAUUAGUAGCGAUCCGACAACUAAAAGUCUGUUUAAUCCGGAUGAUUUCAAUAAGAGUUUGACGGAUACUGUGGAUGUGUCCGAUGAUGAAGAUGUUGAGGUUGUAGACGAAGUGCCAUCUCGUGUGGACGUCAAGAAAGAGGAACCGUCCGGGCUGGUUGUGCUGCCGGUGGAAAGGGAAGAGGACAGACUGCGGUACCUUUUCCUAGAGCGCACGUGUGCCGACAUUGGCAUCGAGUUGAGGAAUGAAGAUGUCGGGAAUGGGUACUCUUAUAGCGCGGUGCACGCAGUGCUGCUGUCAGCGCUGGGUAACUUCCUGGAGGAGUUGGUGCGCGGCUCGCACGCCGCCACGCUCCUCGAGCACAGCGCGCCGCCGCCCGACCGAGGCCCGCAAGUGUGGACCGGUUGGGCGUCGGGCACAGCGGUGUCUCCGCGCUGCGUGGCGCGGGCGGCCGCGAGGUCGCGGCUGGCGGCCGUCACCAACAGAGACUGCGGCGCGAUAAAGAAACAUGCUGACGAGCAAUUAUAAUCAUUAUC